AUGGCUACUUUCCAGGAUCGUGCUCAGCACACCAUAGCCCAGCUUGACAAGGAGCUCUCCAAGUACCCUGUCCUCAACAACCUGGAGCGCCAGACCUCCGUUCCUAAGGUCUAUGUCAUCCUCGGCCUGGUCGGUAUCUACACCUUCCUGGUCUUCUUCAACAUCGCUGGCGAGUUCCUCGUCAACUUUGCCGGUUUCCUGAUUCCUGGCUACUACUCUCUCAAUGCCUUGUUCACCUCUGGCAAGGCAGAUGAUACUCAGUACUGGGUUGUUUACGCCUUCCUGACUGUUAUUGAGAGUGCCAUCAACGCCGCCUACUGGUUCCCCUUCUACUACAUCUUCAAGUUCGUCCUCAUUCUGUGGAUGUCUCUCCCUCAGACCAACGGUGCUCAAGUUGUCUUCCACUCUUUCCUCCAGCCUGUGCUGGGCCGCUUCUUCGCUAGCGGAUCUACCUCAGCCAACCUCCGUGCUCAGGCCGAUGCCGCCUCCAAGUCGCAGUAA